CACUUUCAGAUCAAGCAUAAAUUGGCUCUUAGAGCAGAGACAAGACUAUCUCUUAUUUACAUCACCAUUUCAUCAAUGAGGGUCUUGUGAUUUUUGACGGUUGUGGGUAUGACAUAAGUAAUUAACAACAAUGCUAGUUCUAAAUGCUGUCCAACAAAAACAGACGAAACAAACAAAUGUGACAAUGUGUCAGACUUAACGUUAACUAUCACACGAGGAUUGCAAGCAAGCGAACACUGUGGGGAUUAGGCUAGCCAACCUAACGUUAAAGAAGCAAGUUAUUUCCUAUUAUUUUUUUUAAAUUUACUAUACCAUAACAUGCAUGGAUAAUAUGGGCACAAUUAUAGCUAACUUACUAACCAACUUUUUUUGUAGCCCUUUCAAACCUUGCUAAUUUCUACAUUGUUGCUUAUUAGCUACUGUUAGCCAGCUAACGUUAAGGUUGCAGGCUGUCACUUCCGCAUACAAAGUUCGAUGUAAGGUGAAGGUAGCAAGCGAACUAGCAAAUAAAAAAAGGAAAAAAAACACAUGUAAAGUUUUUAAUCAUACUAAAUCUCAACUAGAGCUUGCCAAACCGACUAAACAGAGCGUUUUAUAUCUGGCUAACGUUACCUAUCAUAGGUCGCUAGGCUAACAUUAGUUUGCUAGUUAGCUAGCUAAAUCCCAGACGAGGCCUGUAAAACCGUUUCGCCUCAAUCAUUUUCAGUGCCAUGUCAUUUAAAAAAAAACAACGAAGUAAAAUAAACAAAAACGAAUGCUAUUUUCCCAAGCUGCUAUGUAGACACUUAGCAUGUAACGUUAACUAGUAAAAACAACAAACAAAAGCUAGCUGACGUCCUUAGCAGCUAACUUUAGCAAGCUGGUUCGCUAGGUGUCAACUGCUAAUGCGGUUGUUUAAAAAUAAAUACAUACACUAAGUUGUUCCAAAUGUAAAUAUGUACUCUUUCUACAUAACAUACAUUUCACGAUUUAUCUCAAAUCAGACUUAGAUUGCAAAAGUUUCGCUACCGUAUCAAUCCAACACAGGCGUUGUCACAUCCGGGGUUCAUACACAUGAUCACUGUAAAGGGGGCGUUUCAUACAACACAGCCUCCAAUAUUCUUGAGGUUCAUCUGUGGCUCAUCAUAUGGCAUUAACCCUAGGAUUCAAACCGGCAAGCCUUCGGCUACUGGCCCGACUUUCUAACCUUGAGGCUACCCACGCCAACCCAUACAGGAUUGCUGACAUACAGGGACGCCACAUUAGGUUGGACUCGCUCAGGCAGCAAUGGGAAGAUGACCACAAGAGGGCACUGAAGUAUGGGAAGCUGUGUGGUAACAGCAAAGGGAUGUCGAUUGCCAGCAUCGUUGCGAGGGAGAUCCUCGACUCCCGGGGAAACCCCACUGUGGAGGUGGACCUGUGCACAGAGAAAGGUCUUUUCAGGGCUGCAGUGCCCAGCGGAGCAUCCACAGGCAUCUAUGAGGCUCUAGAGCUGAGGGAUGGAGACAAGAGCCGCUACAAGGGCAAAGGUGUGCUCAAGGCAGUGGGCCACAUCAAUGACACUCUGGCUCCUGCCCUCAUAGCAUCGGGUAUCAGUGUUGUGGAGCAGGAGCAACUGGACAACACGAUGAUUGAAAUGGACGGCACAGAGAACAAGUCUCAGUUUGGUGCUAAUGCUAUCCUGGGAGUCUCCCUGGCCAUUUGCAAGGCUGGUGCAGCAGAAAAAGAGGUCCCCCUGUACCGUCACAUCGCUGACCUGGCGGGAAACACAGAGCUGGUGCUUCCAGUUCCAGCGUUCAACGUGAUCAACGGAGGCUCCCACGCGGGCAACAAGCUAGCCAUGCAGGAGUUCAUGGUACUUCCUGUCGGGGCGGAGUCUUUCAGGGACGCGCUUCGGGUGGGCUCCGAGCUGUACCACACGCUCAGGGGGGUGAUCCAGGAGAAGUACGGCCAGGACGCUACCAACGUGGGCGACGAGGGGGGGUUCGCCCCCAAUAUCCUGGAGAACAGUGAGGCGUUGGAGCUGAUAAAGACAGCCAUCGAGAAAGCGGGCUUCACGGAUAAGGUGGUGAUCGGGAUGGAUGUGGCGGCGUCCGAGUUCUACCGCGAGGGGAAGUACGACCUGGACUUCAAGUCUCCUCCGGACGCUGACAGGCACAUCAGCGGAGAGGAGCUGUCAGACAUCUACCAAGGCUUCGUUAACGACUACCCAGUGGUGUCCAUCGAGGACCCGUUUGACCAGGACGACUGGGCCGCCUGGUCCCGCCUCACGGCUUCCGUGGGCAUCCAGGUUGUCGGGGACGACCUGACGGUGACCAAUCCCAAGAGGAUAGAGAAGGCUGCCGAGGAGCGGGCCUGCAACUGCCUACUGCUCAAAGUCAACCAGAUCGGCUCUGUCACUGAAGCCAUCCAGGCGUGUAAGCUAGCCCAGGCCAAUGGCUGGGGGGUGAUGGUCAGUCACCGUUCGGGAGAGACAGAGGACACUUUCAUCGCUGACCUGGUGGUGGGGCUCUGCACUGGACAGAUUAAGACAGGAGCCCCAUGUAGAUCUGAAAGGCUGGCCAAGUACAACCAGCUCAUGAGGAUCGAGGAGGAGUUGGGGGAUCAAGCUCGCUUUGCAGGCUAUAACUUCAGAAACCCCACUGCCCUGUGAGACCAGACAGACAGACACAUCGCCGCCAACCAUAUGCACAGAGCCACUAAGCAACAUGAGAUGCACAGUUACUUUGAGACACAAAGACAGAUGGACAGAUAAAGAUAUAAAGAGACCAACCGACACACACAAACGUGCACAUAGAGACACACAAGUGUAGAUAUGAAGCCUGAAGCGCACCUAAGAAAGACAGAUAUGUGUCAGAGAAAAUUAAACACACAACGCUGUUUACAAAAAAAGCGACACUCCGGCUGACAAGGACAGACUAACUACAGGCUGGCUGACAGAAAAAAAAGAAUACACAUUGUAUUUUGCAGUUGUGUUUGCUCUCAUUCUCCCAUGAUAACACAAAACUGCACUCUCCCUCCUUCGUCCUCUUCUCCACUUUCCUUUCCUGGCUCUGCAGUCAUCCCUCGUUUUUGUUGUUUCUUUGUUACUUCCACACACUCUCCUGGUGUUGCUAUGAUUGCAGGAAUUGGCCUGUUCCUCCAAGCUUGUUUCCUCUUUGCCUACUUUCCUUUGGUUACUCUGGCAAUAGAAUUGCUGUGUUGAAAGACAGAACGCCUGUCAUGAAAAAAAUGUGAAAUAA